AUUGCAGGGCUUCAAUCCCCUCAGAAAGCCAGGCUGACUGCAGACUACAGCUGUUUCCUCUGUGGAGCCUGGCAGCUGGACGGGGGCUGCACGGUGGUCCUGCCCCUCAACGUCUUUCUUUCUGGUGGUUAGGACUUAAGGGACAUUGCUGCUUACAGACCUUUAGGAGUGAGGGCCAUACCACCCCCACCCACUCCACUCUCUCCUCCAUUGCUCUGGGAAGCGUUCACUAACGAUGUGUUAUUGUGUUGAUAUUCUUGGAAAUAGGACACUGUGUUGUCUUGGUUUCUCCUUCAGUCUUUUUGUUGUUGUCCUUCCCUCCUCUUAUAUCCUGCUUCAAGCAUUGUUCCUUUCUCUCCCCUCCCUUGUGCCUGAGAGCCAAGUGGACUAGUCUGCCUGGCUGCUUCCGCAGUUCAGUGGCUUCUGAUAGUAGCGUUGCCCCUGGCUACAGGCAGGCAGGUGGUGUCUGGUUACCUCACCUUGCUGUGUCAUUCUCCUGUAUGUUAACUCCAGCCAGAGAGAGCAGGGUGGAGAGUACACAGCAGGCCUUGGGCGUGGUUUCUGUUUCCUUUGAAACCUCUCUGCUUUGGGUUUUGACUGGGGGGUAGAGUUGAGGCCGGGGGCCUACUGCCGGAGAGAACUGCCUAACCUUGUUUUCACACCUGACUGGGUUUAUUUACGGAGAACUUGGAGUAGCCUAAAUCAUCAUUGGCGGAAUGGUUGGUUGUUUUUCCGAGGCUACCUUUUUAGAGCAUUGCGGUGCACGAUAUCUGGACAUUGAUCUCUGAUCAUUAUCAUGUUGGAAAGGAAAAGUGUUUCCAACCAGCUGAUGACUGAUUUCUAAGGUGAGUAACACCCUUACGGGGUUGGGAGUCUGUCUCAUUGAACAACAAUAUUUAGUUUGAAAACAACUCUGUUUUAAAAGUGAAACCUUUGAAGUUGGCACAUACUUAAUUUGUCGACAGUGAUGACUUCACAGCAAAUGGUAUUUGGUAAGGCCUAACAGUAGGUUAUUAUUACUCAAUGGAAUGAAUGACAUUUUGUCCAGUAUGUUACUGUCAAAGUGGAACAUCUGCACCUGUUGCUUCUUUGACACAAUAUUGUUGGAAUCAAUGUUUUACCCCCACAUGUAAUUUGCCUUAUGGGCAUUUCCAUCAAAAAGGACCCAUUAGCACCAACGUGACGUUCAUAGGAGCAUAUCAAAUUGGGUGUUAAAUGAAGCGAAAAGUUUAUAUUUUGGGGAAAUUAAGGCAUAGAUACAUUUAUCAACCAUUUUCUAACUAAAAAAAUUAGCCAUAAAUAAAGGCUUUGAUUUCUGGAUGAACAUGGAAAAGGGGUUUAAGAAAACAUCUACCAGAAAAGUCUUAAGAGGUGUCAGAAAUGCAUCAGAAUACACUGUUGACAUAAAGACCUCUGCCACUAAUAUCAACACAUAUUUAGUUUGGGAGAAAUUGUUUACCUUCUAAGUUUAAGAAAUCUAGCCUUGUCCCUUAUGUUACAACAAACCCACACAUCUUUUAAGAUAUUUUCUAAUUUCUCUCCCUCACGAGGGAGGAUAGUGGAAGUUCACAGAAGUAACAAGUAAUGGUAGACCUUACCAAUGAGUUAUAGUGAUUUUACUAUCAAUUUUGUUUAUGAAUUAAGUGAUUUAAAACUCAUAAUUCCAUUACCAAAUUGGUAACAGAAUUAGCAAAAAAAUCACUAAUGGAAUUUCUGCAACUGAAUUGGCUACAAUGGGAAAUCAUAAUAGUCACAAACCACAGUUGUGUUACCUGCUACUGUCCUCCAUUCCACUGGCUAACUGUUAUGUUCAGCUCAUAACUUUUUUCUUUGUCUUUCUGUCGUCUGGUGGUCUAACCAAGUUUGUUAAAACAGUCUGAGUCUAGACAACCUUUCGUUCUCUCUCUCGUGUUCUCUCUCUCUCUCUCUCUCGUUCUCUCUCUCUCUCUCUCUCUCUUGUUCUCUCUCUCUCUCUCUUGUUCUCUCUCUCUCUCUCUCUCUCUCUUGUUCUCUCUCUCUCUCUCUUGUUCUCUCUCUCUCUCUCUUGUUCUCUCUCUCUCUCUCUCUCUCUCUCUCUCUCUCUCGUUCUCACUCUCCAGUUAAUGUCACCUCUCCCGGAUCUUACUGACACCUACCUAUGAGCCCCCUCUCUUUCCAUUUACUGAAAUCAGCAUCCUCACCCACUGAGCACCAACAGACACCGGAUGUCCAUGGACGCUGAAAAGUAGUUGAAAUUUGGUCAGGACCAAAUCUGAACCUAUCACAGACUUAUGUUUUACAAGUUUGGAUAGCACAGUACAGUGAGUAGAGAACAGAGUACAUUACAGUACUCAGCAAAGUAGAGUACAGUACUGAGUAUUGGGCUCCCGAGUGGGGCAGCGGUCUAAGGCACUGCAUCUCAGUGCUUAAGGUGUCGCUACAGACCCCCUGGUUCGAUUCCAGGCUGUAUCACAACCGGCCGUGAUUGGGAGUCCCAUAGGGCGGCGCAAAAUUGGCCCAGCGUCGUCCGGGUUUGGCCGGUGUAGGCCGUCAUUGUAAAUAAGAAUUUGUUCUUAACUGACUUGCCUAGUUAAAUAAAGGUAAAAUAAAUAAAUUGUAGAGCACAGGCCAGUCCAAUACAGUAGAGUACAGUAUAUUGUACUGUACAGGGGUCGCAUAAGCUUUCAGAAAUCUGCAUUUUCAAAAACAUAGAACAUCAAAUCUGUUUUAAACCAUUUCACCUUUUGUUUUAUAUUGUGAAAGUCAGGUGUUAUUUUGCUUCAAUAGAGAUGAGGGGCGUGCAACUAUAUAUGUUUUCAUCACACAAAAUACAUUAGUGCAACACAUUCGGCAGAAAAUCGUUUUGAUCAGAUGACAACAGACAGAAGUGCAAUGCUAUAUGGCUAGCAGCCACACAAGUAAAUUGGCUUACAAUCAAAAAGCAAAAACGAUGCAUGGCCGUCGAAUUUCAAAUUUUUAUCAUAAAAAGAAUGUAGCCAGCUACAUCUCCUAAUGUUUUUGCUUGAAGUUAAUCUUGUAUUUAAACUUUCUACUGGAGAAAAACUACACAGGAGGAAAUUACUGGGGGAAAGUAGCCUACACAUCAGUCAGAGCGCUGUCUGGUGGACCAAUGUCGAGAGCAAAUAUAUUUCAUCUGAUGGAGAAAUGCAACUGAAGCAUGAAAAUACUCCUUUUACAUUCAUGAUUUGGAGCGAACCCUGACUAAAGCCGAGCAGAAUUUACAAUAAGAAGCCAUUUUUAGAUCUGCGUUUAUGAAAGACCGCAAGAUACAGUGUCUGGUCUUUCCUUUUCAGUGUGGAAAACGCGGAAUCCUGCUGUACUGAACUCCGCUGUGCUGUACUGAACUGUUCUCUACUGUGCUGUGAAACAUGAGGAGAGUGACAUUCCUAUCCAUAAUGAUGCAUUUCUUUGUAGUGUAGUUCAGGGACCCAUGAUGUAAUUCCGUUACCGGGUGUAAAUCCACUUCACUUACUGUAGUUCAAUAACCAAAAUAUAUAUUUUUCAAACUCAAGGUGCCAUGUCAUAGCUGACACCCAAUUCUUUCUGCAGACAUCUUUGAAUCUUUAUUUGAAGCAGAUAUUUUACGUUUUUGGAAAACGUAGUCGCAUAAAAACCUGAGGGAGAGUUUACCAUAAUUCUGUUACCAAAGUUUGCAUCUGCAGUUCAUCCACUAAGUCAAUGGAAAUUGUUAAAAGUAUUCCUUGUGCAAAGAGUUGUAUGGUUUGUUAAACUUUUAAAUCAAUGGCAUACAUUUUUAAUGCUGAGUCAAAGCGGAAUAGUGUGUGUGUACGUGUACUAUGGGUUGGUUGCUUGGCUUGUUCCAGCAGCCUGGCCACACACUAACUGCACUGCCCUGCUAGCCUAAUGAGUGCAUGUUUAUGAGGAGGUGCAGGUGGAUUCAUAUUUCAGCUCUGCGACUGCCUCCCUGGGCCAUACAGGAAGGAAGCGGUGGCUUUAUACACCAUGACAAAUAGUCGUCCAUUCAAACGGGUUGGAGUGGCUAGUUUCCUUUAAAAAAAAAUCAUGUUAGUUCCAUGUUGAACCUACUUAAUUAAUAUGCAUAAUUAAUGACCUGACAUAAGAUAUUAGUGGAUGUGUAAGGCAGAUACAUGAUGAAGCUCCAUCUGGUCCUGAGGUAAUUAAUCAGGCUGAAAUGAGCCGCUGCUGAACCUGGACUCCACCACUUUCUCACUCUGUUCACCAGAGCACUGAUCCUCACACACACACAUAUACACACAAUGGCCAGGAGACACUAGUAGAGGACUGGGUUCACUUUGCAUUGAACCAUGCCAUGUGUGUUACUGUUUUUAACAUUUGCGCUGGAGAGUGAAGCAAAUAACAAUGGUAUUUUUAGGCAUUGUGUGUCUGUCCCUGCAAGUACAUCAACCAUUCAUCAGAUUCUCUGUGAGAAUGAAAGGGGGUGAAACAGUGUGUGUGACAUUGUGAAUUUUUAAACCGUUUGUGUGUGUCCCUGCAGAGUACAGCCGGUUUGAGUCGAAGAUCCACGACCUGAGGGAACAGAUGAUGAACAGUAGCAUGAGCUCUGGGUUCGGGCUCCUUGCGCACCAGCGAGAAACGCUCCCUCUACGUCAGGUACUAGAACACACAAAAAGAACACACCGCUCCCAAAUUCAUCAUGUAUAGCUCACCACUCACAAAUACUACGAUUUUUUCAUCAGCACAAAGUAGGUCACGAUGAGACUAUCGGAUGCAAAAUAUCUGCUCAUAUGAUGAAUUUGAUGCGCAAGCUUUUCAGUUGGAUGCCACACAUGACCUAUAUUACCUAGUUGCAGCCUAUGGCUGGCGAAAGUACUCCUGGUAUCUUAAUGUUAUUACAUUGUGGGCAUGAAGCCAAAACUGUAAGGAACCCCAGUCAGGAAGAGCAACAGGUGCCAGGCAGCCCCCCCCCCCCCCCCCCCUGCUGUAAUGAAUGCAGCUGCCUGAGUCGGAACAGGAAGUGCUCUGGGGGGGUCAAGGGGAAAAGUAUUAAUCUAUGAUGUAACACUCAUGUGCCAGGUACUGGAACCAUAUUUCAAGGGAAGUGCUGUGGUGCUGCGUCACAUAAAGCCAAUAUUUCCAACCCCUGCAAUAAUAGCAACAUUUUCAGAUCAGAUUUUAUGGAGAUUCUUGACAGAAGGAAGCAUCUCCAAAUUCAAGGCUUACUAUGAACACAAGCUAGAUCAAAUACUUGAAAUGAACGAUGUGUAAUCACUUCAAUGUCCUAAAGCAGAAACAGUCAAUAAACAAAGUAAGAUAAUGUUCUGUCAUUUUCCCAUUGUUGUCCCCCAUCAAGACUGUAGCUCAUUGGACCACCUGUAGACAAUGUAAACCAGGAUGACUAAUGCUCUAUAAGUCUCCUGUCAGCCAGGGAGAGCCAGCCGUUCCUCUGUGUGGGUGACUAAACAUACAGUUAUGGAAGAAAAGGCUCUUGUUUCAUUCCACUGCAGCAGCAGUAGAGCAGACCUCUCCCCAGCCAGCCUAUCCUCUGGAAUGUGAGACCUCUCAGGUGCGCACACACACACAGCCAGGGUACAAUCUGAAUGCCUGUGUGAGGGGAGGCAGGGGAGGCAGUCAUGUAACCUGGCAGUGAGACUCGAUACCAUUACCUGCAGGUAGCAAGUAUCAGGGCAGUCUGAAUACUUCCGACCGGGCAGCUAAUAGGGAGAACACACUGGUAAUAGCAACGCCACACUGGACCACUAAGUGUUCUGCAGAUCCAGGUCAGAUUGGUGCUGGGUUGGUGGCAGUAGGGGAACCUGUAGAGCAGGAAUUCCUCCCUGUAAAAUAGCAGUGGGUUGACCUGUCUGACAGGGAACCGACAGACUCAUAGCAGAAGUCAUGGAAACUGUGACAACAAAGAAACCAGUGUGUUUUGUAAUAACAUUGUAAAAUUUCAUCAUGUGAGGUAGUGGGUUUUAAACUUCAGAACCUGUUACUAGUAUGGUGCAGUAAAACUGUAUAUGCUGUUGAGUGAUUGACACAAACACCCCUCCCCUGUCUCUGUGUGUAGAGCUCUUUUUGACUAUGACCGGGCCAGAGACAGCUGUCUGCCCAGCCAGGGCCUGAGCUUCUCCUAUGGGGAUAUCCUGCAUGUCAUCAACGCCUCCGAUGACGAGUGGUGGCAGGCACGUCUGGUCACGCCCCACGGGGAGAGCGAGCAGAUCGGGGUCAUUCCAAGCAAGAAGAGGUAACCUCAUCCCCCUUUUACCACCCAAAAUGUGCUGCUGUUGUGUGACUCAAAGUGCCUCAGUAGAUAUCUGAAAUGUCACUUUCUAUGCAGGGUGGAGAAGAAAGAGCGAGCGAGGUUAAAAACAGUCAAGUUCCACGCCAGGACGGGCAUGAUCGAGUCCAACAGGGUGAGUCUGGAGGGCUGUGCUCUCUGGUUCUCCUGCCUGGCAGUGGGCACCCAGGGAGCUGACCCACUUCCCCCUCGAGGCAGGCAGUGUGGGAACAGGAGCGGGUAGCAGGGACCUGGCUGCUCAUUAGAGCUAGUGGAGAAACCAAAGACUCAUAUAUAUAUAUAUAUAUAUAUAUAUAUAUAUAUUACAUUACAGACAGUCCCGCCUCUCUAUAAACUGACUCAAUGCUUAAUCAUUUAACCUGUCACUAUCCUAUUUAGUGCAAUUAGUGUUUUUAAUGUGAUACAAAGUCUUAGUGUACAUCAGGCAAUGUAAGAAACCCCUGGUUCACAAAUGUAGGCUCUCAGUUGGUGAAAGUAUUAAUUGGUUGUCUUGUUUUCACAUGGUGUUCAUGUAAUAAUUUGACACCUGUAUAGUCCUGUAAUGAUAUGCUCGCUCAAAGGAAUGCAAUUUUCGCUCGUGUAUAUACCAUUUCUAGGAUCAAAAUGGAAAUGGCAUCUGCCCUUUGCAUAAGUGUUCCAUUCAUUUUACCCUGGUUAUCUGCUUUCAUUUAUGUUCAUGCUUUCAUUUUUUUAUUGAGUUUUGUCUGUUUUAUUUCGUUUUGCAUGUGUGUUUGGUGUCCUCAUUGAACAACAUUCUGUUCUGUUUUUUGUUUCAUCCCCCAUCGCCCCCCUCCCCUCAUCACGCACAUCUCCAAGCAGCCAGUCAAAGUAAAGCGCAAAAAAAGCUUCAACCUCUCACGCAAGUUCCAGUUUUACAAGAGCAAGGAGAAUAUUGUGCAGGAGUUGGAUUCUGAACGUGAGUACCCAAAGUGUGUGAUAUGAGGGGGUUUUACUUUUCGCGCUUUCCUUUCAUGCUUCAUCCUUCCCUCAUCUCCACUCACCUCUGGGAGCAGACCGUGGCUGUCUAUCUGUGAGCAGUACUGUCUUUCCCCACUCACUGUCACUCGCUCAUUCACUCACACCCAGAGAGGACCCACACAGAACCAGGCCUGGGGUUCAGGUGUCGGCCUCUCUGGUGUCUGUUCGUCUGUCUGUCAACUGGUGGAGCCUCCAGGCGUGUGCUGCUGGCUGCCAGGUCAGGUGUGUUUCUGGCUGCACUAACACAGUAACUGUGUACUGCUGAUAGAGGCCCUGUUAGAUCCCCACUAUUCAUUGCUGCCCAGUCAAUCCUCAUCCAGUUACUGACUCAGAGAACUAGAAUCUCAUUAACUGGACGGCAGCACUAUAAUGGAUUAACACUAACGGGUCAAAAUCCCAUUCUUAAUGGGAUUGGCUGUGUGUAAUUUAAAGGCCUUGGCUUUCACUGGGAAUAGAGUGGGGCUCAGGGUUUAGGGAGCACAGUGCCUUGUGUUGGUCCCCCCAUCUUUGCCUCCAUCCAGGCGAGCAGCACACCGCUCCUCCCUUUCUCUUUCGCUCUCUCUCGGCCUGUCCCAGCUCUCACUAACCUCUUCUUCCUGUCUGCCUCUUCUCUUUGUUUCUGUUCUCACCUGUCGGGACACUCAGGACUUCCCAGGGUUAAGCGAUGACUUUUAUGGAUCAAAGAGUUUGAGUAAGUGUGUGGUUGGACUGUCACGCUGCAGCUGCUGUCCCCUGAGCUCAGAGCUAAAUGCCUGUUCAAUGCAGACCCGGCUAGCAAUGGCUGCAACAUAUACACUUGCUUACCGAUAUACACACACACACACACACACACACACACUUACAAACACACAGCCCUAGGGUAAGAGAACAAGAGGGCAAGUGUUACACCUUGUCUGACUUCCUUCUUCCCUGUAGGGAUUUUACUAUAAAAAUGUAGUAGGUCAUUGUCAGAGAGUGAUUACUUGGAGAAACCUAGUAUCUCCCUCCCUACACUGGACAGGGUUUGCUUUUGCUAUUCUGCUUUUCCCUGUUGGCAAGCUGAGCUGACUGCCCAGUGCCCAUGCAUCCUUGUUAACAGGCCAACCGCCACUGUUUUCUUUGGCUUGUCCCUGACACUGUAUCUGGCGUCACAGAUACAGACCCCUCCAUAGGAAACACUGGCAAGGGACCCGGAGGGUCACUUGGGAUUUUGUGAAAGGAAACACUUAAUUUCCUAUUGCUGCAUACUUCCAACCACUUCCCCAUGUAGACAGCGCUGUCACUCUGAACAAGACUGUUUUCUUUUCAUUUUUUUCCUCUUUCUGUCCGUUUUCCUUUUCAUUGGGUUAUAUGCAGUGGGACAACAGGGGACUUGUUUUUCCUUCUUGAUGCUCGGCGACUGGUGGUGAAAAUUUUUCCCUCACGAAAAUGAAAACCAAUUUAUUUUGAUGUGGCUUUACUACUACUGCCCAGCUUUGAGCUUUCCCCAACAUAAACAUGUUCCUCUCCUUGCAGAAUGCCUGACGUCAAACACAAGCGACAGUGAAAGCAGCUCAAGUAAGCAACCUUAUUUUCCUUCACUUUUUGUAAUGCUUUAUUUCGGACAUAAUCCACCUAAAUGAAAAGCAUGCGGCACGUCAUUACACCUGUAUCCGGACCGGUGUUUUAUCUUAGUCCUCGGUGCUGUAGUGAGCUGGCAUUCCACUGAGAUGGUAUCGGGCACUUAGUAAAACCAUAUCUCUGUCGUGUGCUGUUAUGGAAAAUGUGACUGCGUGAAGAGAGUACUUUAAACAUUCCACUACUAUCAACCACAUCUGGUAAUCCAUUGUCAUGGGACUAUAAUAAAGAUUUGUUUUCUCUUUACUCAUGCUGUUCAGAGGGCCAGGAAGACACAAUUCUCUCAUACGAGCCAGUGAUUCGACAGGAGAGUAAGUGUAAUAUACUGUAGGUUCUCCUCCAUUUAGGAGAGGGUUUGAGACCAUUCAUGUGUAUCUUAUUCCAGACAUGAGUUUUGACCUGCGCCCCCUCCUCUCGUUUGCAGUUCAUUACACGAGGCCUGUGAUCAUCUUGGGCCCAAUGAAAGAUAGAGUAAAUGAUGACCUGAUCUCAGAGUUCCCGCACAAGUUUGGCUCCUGCGUUCCUCGUGAGUAGACCACUCGACAACAUGCAUCACAUUAUCACAGCCACUUAUGGAAACACUGGUGGAAAAGGUGUAUAUCCUGUGUUUUAGUGGCAUCUCUCUAACAGUCAUUUGAAUCUGUCCUAUCUGUGCAGACACGACACGUCCGCGGCGGGAGAACGAGAUGGACGGCCAGGACUACCACUUUGUGGGCUCACGGGAGCAGAUGGAGAAGGACAUUCAGGAUAAUAAAUUCAUCGAGGCAGGCCAGUUCAACGAGAACCUCUAUGGGACCAGCAUCUUGUCUGUCAGAGCAGUGGCUGAGAGGGUAGGGAGCACCACACACACCAUAAAUGUGCAGUAUACACAAGGUUAAUUUCUGAUUAAUUCUUAAUGGAUGUAAAGCCUGAGAAAAUAUGUGGUAUUUUGAUACUCAAGUGGUCUUUCUCUCCUUCCUCUUCAUUAAGGGAAAACACUGUAUCCUGGACGUGUCUGGGAAUGCUAUAAAGCGACUGCAACAAGCACAACUUUAUUCGAUCGCAAUUUUCAUCAAACCAAAAUCCAUUGAAACUCUUAUGUAAGUGUGUGUUCUUGGAACAAAUGAACUGUUAACAGCUUUUCACUUUACUGUAACUCCAUACAACAAUCACUUCCUGUACUACACACUAACCAACCAUGCCUGUGUUGCAGGGAGAUGAAUAAGAGACAGACAUUUGAGCAAUCCAAUAAAAUCUUUGAUAAGGCAAUUAAGCUGGAACAAGAGUUUGGAGAAUUUUUCACAGGUAAAUCCACUAGUUUAUUUUUGAUUUAGUUUUUAGAUUAUUCACAGAUUAUACAUAUUUUAGAUAUGCUUGAAUCGUAUUGUAGGGCGAGUAGGAAUCUUAAUGCAUCAAUGCACUCAUUAUAUUUGCUUCUCUGUCCGUCUCCAGCCAUUGUACAGGGUGACUCGCUAGAGGAGAUCUACAACAAAAUCAAGAUGAUCAUCGAGGAACAGUCGGGCCCCUACAUCUGGAUACCUUCCUCCGAGAAGCUCUGAGCUCCCAGCUGUACCCCUCUGUGUCAGUGCAGAGCCCCCCACACCCCUCCUGACACCCCGCCUAUCCCCCAAAUAGCUCCUCCCUCCCCUUUUUUGCAGAUGUUUCAUAUCAAGUUUUAGUGUCAUCAUUAUGUUAAUCUCAAAUGAAAAUAAGUCUUAUCACCAUUCCUGUGACUGUGCACAACCCUGCAUGAGUUUCUCAGCAAAUCCAUUCAAGACUGGAAAUGCCAUUCCGAAUUUGUCAUUUUAAAACAAACAAAAAACGGAAAAGGAGAAAUAAUCCUUAUUUUGUGAAAUGGGACUGACAGUUGAAGAUCAGAAUGUUUUCCAGAUGACGCCGGAGUGAGGAGGAGUUGCAGGGGAAUGGAGACUUAAGCAUACAAGUUGGAACACUUUGUAAAUGUUCAUCAAAUCACAUUUUAAAGACGAGAAGCAAAGACCACUUAGGGGGUUUUUCUACAAGGACUGGAUAAUAUCAAGCCCAGCUGAUGGUACUGUUGGAGGAGUCAUCUCUCUUGUUUAUAAUUACUGAAGAAAGUGGUGGAGAAGCCUACAGACUGGUGAUCUAUCACAAACCAGCUUGCUGUUUGAUCAGCUGCCAGUUGUUGGUGCUGCUGCAGCUGAUCAAGACCUCUUGGGAGGCAGAACAACUGAAAGAAAUGAGUUAUGAAUCUCUACAUUUAUAUACUGAAAUCACAAGGUAAAUGAACAAAUCCUACUGAGAUUUUACUACAUAUUAAAAACGACACGUUUUACAUUUCACUAGAAUUGUCUACUUGGAGGGCUGUUAGAGUUCAUUCUUUUUUUAUUUUUGUGGGAUUUUUUGCUUGUGGUUUUUAGCUGCUCUGUGUAAAGGAUGGGGGUAGAGAAGUGUAACGGGGCUCUCUGCAAAACACCAAACUGCCUUACAUCAAAUACAAAUUGUUAUAUUACUACCUGUACUUUGUGAGGGAAGCUACAAAUAAUUGACAAGGAAAAAACAGGAAACAUAUUAUUAUUUUUCUGCGUUGUCCUCCUGACUUCCAGGAGGCCUAACUUGUGAGUGCAAUAGACCGAACGCAUCUCUCACCUCUGUGAAUUCCCAUCUUCCCCCUGUAUUUUUACCCUUUUCCUGUUGUAAUUUAAGAAGAAUUUAUUGGAUUCCAAUUUGGGCAGCCAUAGCUCCCUCACCCAUGUUGAGCAGCAGACCACCCUAUUACACUCUCUGCCUUCCAAGAUGAUUCUCUUUGAUUGAAUGGUCACAUGGUACUGUCCUGUAUAUGCCACCCUGAAGGUGGCCUUAAAACGGGUAGAACAAGACAUAUUGUAUUGGAUGUCCUUCUAACAAUUAAAGAGUCAAUAUAACCUGUUUUUGGAUUGUCCCCUUCCCCCCAAAAAAUAACACUUAAGAAGGGUUUGAUUAAAACCUAUAUGCUCUGUGUAUCUAUAAAGUUGUAAUAUUUUUUUGAAUUUGUUCUGGGCAUGUGUUGAGCCACUGUGUUAUGAACCCAAUGGUAUGU